GCAAGAUGGCGUCUGACGGUGAAGACGUUAUUGCAGUCGUCACAGUUCAAUGUUCUUAAUUUGUGCCUCCAUGUACACAUAUAUGUCCUUUAUUACACUCUAGUAAAUAGAGUAAACAUCGUUAAUAACUGUUUGCAUCCGGUUAUAUUAGUCUGAGCGCACUUUGAUGCUUCUCGAGCUAGAUUAGCUUGCUAGUUAGUUUAGCUUGUUAGCUGCUAACAAAGAGAGGCGGAAGUGAUCAAAACACAUCGCUAAGUAGAGAUCAAGUGUGAGUGUAAAGUGUUGUGAUUGUGUGAAAAUGUGCCAAAGAACCAUAGCAGAGUACGAGGAGGAACUUUGUCCAACAAAAGAGGAGAAGGAGCGACAACAUGAAAAACAUCAAGUUGUGUUACACAGAACAGACAUCCAUCAGCUGAUUGAACACCAAGAAGAAUGUCUCCCUCAUCUGCAGGGGGACAGUUUCACUGUAAAGUAUCCACAGCCCUCACAUUUUAAAGGGGACAAAGAUGAGCCACAGCCCUCUUAUUUCAAAGAGGAAGAGGAGGGAGAGUGUCCUGUAGGGCAGGAGGAGGCUGAUGUCAGCAAGUUUCCACUGACUGUUGUCUCUGUGAAGACUGAAGAGCAUGAAGACAAACCACCUGAGUCCUCACAGCUUCAUCACAGUCCAAACGUCUGUGAAGAACAUCUUGACCCUGAGCAACAGAAAUGGAGCUUCAGGAUGCGAACGGAGGAGCCACAGCCCUUCCACAUUAAGAAGGAAGAGGAAUACCCACAUACCCCCCUUUAUAAAGAGGAAGAGGAGGACCCACAGACACCCAUUUUUAAAAAGGAAGCGGUGGAUCCACUGAGCCCUCACAUUAAAGAGGAAGAGGAAGAACACAGCAUCAGUCAGCAGGGAGAGCAUCUUGAAGGACUGGAGGAGGUUGAAGUCACCAAGAUGCCAGUGACUGGUGUCCCUGUGAAGAGUGAAGAUGAUGAGGUGAAAGGUGAAAGUGAGGAGAGGGGAGGGGGGGAGCCUCCAAGCAGCAGCUCAACACAACACAUGACAACAGAAGCUGAUGGAGACCACUGUGGAGGAUCACAAGCAGACAAGCUCUUAGCUCCACUAUCAGAUAGUGAGGACACAACGUCACACUCUCCUGACACUGAUGAUGAAGACUCCAAAGAUGAUAAGACAUGUCACACUGACAACACUCACUUCACAUCUUCUCACUGUCACAAAACUUUUAAAUACCAUUGUCAUCUGAAAAGACACAUGAGAAUACACACUGGAGAAAAACCUUUUCCUUGCUCAGAAUGUGGUAGAGAUUUUAGACUAAAACAAAUGCUAAAAGAACACAUGAGAACACACACUGGAGAAAAACAUUUUUCAUGUUCAAUCUGCGGUAAAGAUUUUACUCAGAGGUACGAUUUGAAAAGACACAUGAGAACACACACUGGAGAAAAACCUUUUUCAUGUUCAAUCUGCGGUAACGAUUUUACUCAUAGGCAACAUUUGAACACACACAAGAGAAUACACACUCGAGAAAAACCUUUUACUUGCUCAGAAUGCUGUAAAAGAUUUGCGCGAAGAGCAGAGUUCAAAAGACACAUGAGAAUACACACUGGAGAAAAACCAUUCAUGUGCUCAAUUUGUGGCAAAGGAUUCUCCCAGAAGGGACAUUUGGUAAACCACACAAAAACACACACUGGAGAAAAACCUUUUUCAUGUUCAAUCUGUGGUAAAGGAUUUACUCAAAGGCACCUUUUCAAAGCACACAUUAGAAGACACACAGGAGAAAAACCUUUUUCAUGUUCAAUGUGUGGUAAAGCUUUUACUCGAAGUGACCAUUUCAAAGCACACAUGAGAAUACACAUUGGAGAAAAAACAUUUUUAUGUUCAAUCUGCGGUAAAGAUUUUACCCGAAGGGACCAUUUCAAAGCACAUAUGAGAAUACACAAUGAAUAAAAAACCUUUUCACUGUUAAGAAUGUGGUGAAGCUUUUGUACAAUGAAGCAUUUUGAAAGUACAAAUGAGAACACACACUGGAGAAAAACCUUUUUCCUGCUCAGAAUGUGUUAAAGCGUUUGUGUGAAAAAGCACAUUGAAAGUAGCCAUGAGAACACACACUGGAGACAUACCUUAUUGUAACCUGGGUGACAAAACCCCAUUAAAUAUCCUCAUUUAAAUAUCCUUUUAAAACCCCAUUGAAUAUUGUUUGUAAUUAAAUCUUCCUAUUUAAAUAAUUGUAUUUAAAUAUCCUCUCAAAACCCCAUUGAAUAUUAUUUCUAAUUAAAUAUCUUUCUAUUUAAAUAUCAUUUUACUUAAAUAUCCUAUUUAUUUUCGUGUCUUUGCGUGCGUCAUUACGUCACGCGGUCACGUGACCUAUUGCGGGAAGCAUACAAUCCAGUAGUGGGCUGCUUCCAGGAAGAGCGAGAGAGACGUUGCUGCAGGAGCCAACUACUGAAGCCGUGGGUCGUCGUGCGAGAGUGUUUAAGUGGGAUUUAUCUGCGGAAUUGGCCAAGUUGGAUGGCGAGCUAGAGCCUGAAGCUUUAUGCCUGGAACUGAACCAACCCAACUGAAUCCACCCAACCGAGCCGGGCGGCUAGGAGGCUCCUCAGCAGCCGCUCUGUUUUUUCCCUUUGGUUUUCCAUAACGCAACGUGUUCAUUUCUGUCCUCCCUGAACUUUCACAUUUACCCCGUUACCUUCACUAAAACCCCUCUGGACACUGCCACCACAACGUGGACUUUGCGAGGUCGUUUAAUGAAGUGUCGUGUUGCGCCUAUACCCUCUUUGGUAAAAACAAGGACUGAAUCAAGUACUGUAUCACAUUGUAAAUAUUGAACGUUCUGUAAUUUAUGUUGAAAAUGUGAAUGGCCAUUCCAAUUUACAUGUCUUUUUGUUGUUGUUUAUUUUUCCUAUAAUUCUUUAGUAUAAUUUGGUACCAUUUAAACAUAAAA